AUGGAGAAUGUUGGUGAUGAGCAGACAUAUUAUUUGGAGACUCUAUUCUCCCUUCAAAACCAAGAACAUAGUUGGUACUAUGAUUCUACUUCUCCCAACGGAGCCGCCUACUCUUCCGCCUCUAAGAACCUCGUUUCCGAGCGAAAGAGGAGGAAGCAGCUUAACCAACGCCUUUUGUCCCUCAGAUCAGUUGUUCCAAAUAUCACUAAGUUGGACAAGCCUUCCAUAAUCAAGGAUGCCAUCGACUACAUCCAGCAACUACAGGAACAAGAACAACUGGCCAAAACCCAAAUCGAGAUCAUGGAGAUGGACAACAACAAUAAUCCAGACACGGAGGAGCAGCCGCCUCUUCCUCUUCUACUAGGUUCCCACAACACCAAUGUUUUCAAUUCAUCAUCUUCUCCGAUUCAACUUUUGCAGCACAAGGUGUCGCCCAUGCGAGACAACACUUUGCUGGUGAACAUAACGUGCGCUAAAAGGCCGGGCACCAUUGUUAAACUCUGUCAACUUUUUGAAUCAUUCAACCUCAAAAUUAUUACAGCAAACAUCACUGCUCUCCCUGGGACACUGUUGAACAGUACUCUGUUUAUUGAGACUGAUGAAAGGGAGAAAGAAAGAUUAAAGAUGCAGAUCGAAACAGCCAUUGCAGCAGUUAUCGAUCCACAAAGUCAGAUGAUGAGGUAGAAAUAACAUGCAAUCUAAAGAACAGUUUAAGUCUUAGUUCGUCUCUCAGUUUCAUCACCAUCACUUAUCCAUAAUAUUUGUAUGUCAUGGCGUUGCACUGCUU